CAGGCCGGUGCUACUAACUACAAGCUUGUUCAUUAGGCCAUCUUAAAAGAAACAAGAGAACGCGGCACGAUUUCUGGAGGUGACCUGAGUUGUACCACAGCGAUAGAAACAUCACUGCUGUGUGGAUUUCAUGGCUCAGAGCAGCAUGUGUUACGCAGUCCCUCCCAAGAAAACGGGACUGCCAAGAGAAGUAGUCCAAUGGCUGCAAACUCUGGACUUGUCUUUUCAUCCCAGAAACGUGCGCAGAGAUUUUUCCAGCGGUUACCUUGUGGCACAGAUAUUUUCUCAUUAUUACCCCCGGGACUUUUCACUGCAUUCAUAUGACAGAGGAACCUCGCUUUCUGCCAAGCAGAGGAACUGGAGCCAGAUAGAGCGGGCUUUAGAGAAGCAAAAUCUGUACCUGGAGGAGGAGGCUGUUGAUGGAACGAUCCAUUGUAAACCACGAGCAGCUGAGCUGUUGGUGCAGGAGAUUUAUACUAUCUUAACAAACCGGAGAAUCAGUGACGUAAAGGGCCCGGAGUCAGACUUCACAGAUGAAGAAUACCAGAAGCUACUUCCCAGCCUGGCUCGCUCCACGGCUUCAAAAGCCAUCAAGAACAACCUGACAGUAACAGAAAUCAAGGCUGUGCCUGAUAUAAGCACAAAUCAGAAGAAGGCAGAAAACAUCCUCCGCAGGCACCUCGAGCGCAAAGCUGCGGAGAGGACGCUCAACCCCGGACGUUUUAAAGUGAAGCCUAAGCGAAACCAGCCAGCUCCCAAAAAUGUGCCACCGAGCCAGUUGGAUAAGCGCUCCAACACCUGUUCACCUGGAGGCAAUACAUCAAAGCUGUGGUUUUCACCAACAUGCAGCAGAGCUUCUGUUUCCUUUAAGGAGAUAAAGGUGCUUCAGGCAGCCGGACUUCCAUUGGUUAAUUAUUAAAGUAACCAAAUGAAUAACUGCUCUGUCACCAAUUUAUGUGUGAAGUGAUGAAUAUAUUUCCACAGUUAUUCAAAACAAAGUCCUUUUCAAACCAUUAUGCCUCAAGUAUUUACCUGACUGUAAUUUGAUAUAAUUUGGAUGAUGCAUGAUGUCAUUUCUUGUUAUGGCUUAUAUAAUGUUAAAAUGCCUCCACCAUGAUAUAUGGCCUAUGUCCGUUUCUGCCAGUAGGCGGUAGCAUUACAUCAUAUGAUUAUUUCUCAGUGGGUCUGUGCAGAGCAGCUAUAGGUGUAUCAUUUACAAUAUAUCAGUGUAUGCAGUGCAUAUACUGAGCUGCCUUAUUGUUCACCUGUGUGUUUUUAAAAGGGUAUUUUCAUCCUGGCACCACAAACAUCACAGAGCCUCAAUCUGCUUUCUGGGGAAUCAUCAUUAGAAACCUGAAAAAUGCUGAUAAAAUAUGCUCCAUUAAUACAUUCACAGAUUCCCUGAUUGGUUUGCAAGUCAAUGUGAAAUGCAGACACGAAUGUUUUUCUCUGUCUUUUUCUCUUAAAAUAUUAUUAACUGUCCAACAUUUUUGCUCUUGGUUGUGUUUUAGAAACACCAAGGGAUGAAUCACUGGUUUUGAUUUUCUUUUUUAAUGCUGUUAACCAAUGACUGAGGAUGCCCUGCUGUUUCUUUGUCAAUAUGUCAAUAAAACUGUGCCCAUAGCAACACAAGUUAAAUGUGCUGACACAUCUUCGUUUAGAACUGCAACAAAACAAGCUGAACAGUCAUGAUUGUGGGUA